GGGAAACCAAAAAAAAAGAAAAAGAUAAACUUUUUUAAAAGAAAAAUGGAAACCCAGAAGAAGCGAGGCAUUGAAGGCUCCGAGCUUUCCCCUCGCUCCCACUAUUCUAAGGAUAUUCAUUUCACUGCCAUAUCGCCAAGCAUCUUCCAGGAAAUAUCCAGCAAUAUCACUUCUUUAAAGUUUGCUCUUCUCCUUGACCGUCUCACCUUUUCUUAUCAUCGGACACAAUUUGGCUUGCAGUUGAGUGCGUGCGGUUGCCUCCAAUUUGCUUGGCCUAACUAUUUGGAUUACCAGUUUCCUCUUUCUUCGAUUUCUUCCAUUGAACUUGUAGUUGGGGAUGUUGUUUUAGAAGUUCCAGGGUUGGAAGAAAUCUUAGAGCUUAUUAUGGAAGAGUGUGCAGGCUUACCACUGGCCAUUGUUGUGAUAGCUGGGAGCAUGAGGGGAGUUGAUGAUGUUAAUGUGUGGAGAAAUGCAUUGGCUGAAUUAGGAGAUCGUGUAAAGAGUGUGAAAGAUUCAAAUGAUGAGAUAUUUAAGCGACUAAGAAGGGAGUUGAUAGAAUGUUGGAUUGAUGAAGGAAUAUUUGAUGGGUUGCCUAGGAGAGAAGCAGCUUAUGAUAGGGGCCAUGCUAUUAUAGAUAGGCUUGAAAAAAAUUUCUUAUUAGAGAAAGAUUCUAGGCCAGUUGGAUUUGGUGGAUAUGUAGAACGUAUACCUGGGGCUAAGAUGCAUGAUGUAGUGAGAGAUAUGGCUAUCAUAAGCAUUGGUCCUGAAUUUGGAUAUAUGAUAAAAGCUGGUAUGAAUUUGGUAGAGCUACCAGAUGAGCAUGGUUGGGUAAAAGAUCCUAAGAAGUUGUCUCUAAUGGAAAAUAACAUUUUAAAAGUUCCUUUUAGUUUAUCCCCAAAAUGUUCGACUCUUUCGACUUUGAUAUUAUCAAGUAAUCCUAAUUUGUCAGAGAUUCCAGAAUCUUUUUUUGGGGAGAUGCUUACUUUGAAGGUUCUUGAUCUCUCUGGCACUGCUAUUGAGACACUACCUAAUUCCAUCUCUGAAUUGAAGAAUCUAUCUACCCUGCGGUUACAACUUUGCAAGAAGUUAAAGUACUUGCCUUCCUUGGCAAACCUCAAGGGAUUGAAGAAGUUGGACCUGCACAAGGCAGGGAUUGAGGUGCUCCCACAAGGCAUGGAGAUGUUGAUAAGUCUUGAAUAUCUUGAUUUGUUAUUUUGUCCAAAUCUGAAAGAGAUUCAAACAGGAAUAUUACUUAACCUUUCCAGUCUCCAGUAUUUGGCUGUUUGUUUUUUGCGAGAAACUACAAUAGUGAGAAAUCUUGAAGAGGUUGCUAGACUGAAGAAGUUGGAGACUUUAGAAUGUAACUUUGACGACAUACAACACUUCAAUUCUUUUGUCAACAAGUUUAAAGAUUUCCAAAGGGCUAUUGCUUACAGUCUUGUAGUUGGGAGUGCAAAAGACAUGCUUAGAAGGAGCAAACAUGAGCUUGUAAUUACUGAUUGCGAGAUCGAGGAAGAAUGUAUAGUGCUUCCAAAUAAGCUUGAAGAUUUGUGGAUAAUGGGGCUUAAAAACAUGGGAAGCAGCUUAAGCAAAAUAGCUCUGUUAGAAAAAGCAAAUGAGUUGAGGAUGUGCUAUAUUCGCUUUUGUCAAGAGAUAGAGUGCGUGCUUGAGUUGGACUCAUCCUCCUCCUCCUCCUUACUGCGUUGUUCUGUAUUUGAUAAGCUUGAAGAGCUGUCGCUUUGUAAAUUGCCUAGGUUGUGUGAACUUGUGAGAGUGGAAGGAGAAGCAACACCACCGCACGUCUUUUCCAAUCUUAAAAAGCUUUGUCUAUUCCAAUGUUCGGGAAUAAGGAAGUUGCUUCCACUUGAGCUACUACAGACCUUCCAAAACUUAGAGCAGAUUGAAGUUGUUUUAUGCGAUCAAAUGGAGGAGAUAAUAGCAUCAUUAGAUUCGGAUGCAUCAUCAUCGGAUAAAUUCACUUUCACUUUUCCUAAGUUAAGGGAAUUGCGCUUGGUGUUCUUACCCCAAUUGAAGAGUAUCUGCAGUGCCAAAGGAGUUAUGGUUUGUAAUUCUAUUGAAGCAAUUGUAAUAGGUCAAUGUCCGAAGUUAAAAAGGAUCCCUGUGCAACUUCCCCAACUUGAUAACGGCCAACCAUCUCCUCCUCCUCAUCUCAAAAAAAUCGAGAUACAUGAAAUUUCAAAAGAAUGGUGGGAAUCAGUGGAGUGGGAUCAUCCUAACGCUAAGAACGUCCUUCAACCCUUCUUGAAAUAUUGAACAUAACCGUGGGAUUGAAGAUUGAAGUGAAGAGCUGCAAACUACAAAUGUAAAGCCAUGUGCCACCUCAAUAACACAUGCCACUAAAAGCAUUUCCACAGUUCCUUCAUUCCUCCCCCAACGAAAACAAUUUGGGUAUUCUAGAAGAGAAAGAGAUGGAUGUGUUUGAGACGGAAACCCUAAGUGGGUAUAUUCUAGAAGACAAAGAUAUCCCCAGCCUCUGCUCCCUCAAAAGCUCCAACCAUUCCAGAGAAAUCAUCAACUUUCCCAAUAAAUCACAAGCCACCGACAACAUGUUCCGGUAAAAGCCCUUACUCAAUAACGAAAAGAUUGGCUGGAAAAAUACGUGCUAAACUGAAGAAUCAGACCUCAAAGAAAGUGUGAAACAUCCAAACACUAGGUUUCCUACAAAACUUUUUGGUGUCAUGAUCAUGAAUUGUGCAAAGAGGUGAAUUUUUCCUUUCCAAGAAUGCAGUUAAAGUUCACAUUCACAAGUCACAAGCAUGGAGAAACAUACUCAGGAUUGCAAUUUGUUUAGGUUAUUAAGCUUAAAGUUUGUACAAGGGGAUGUAUAAAAAUUAGCAUAAUUUUAUGGCUUCCUACAAGUUGGCUGAGUUGUUUCUUUUUGGUGUCAUGAAAUGUUGCAAAGAGGUUACUCAUGGAGCUUGUUUGGAAAACAUGGCAGUGGGUUGGAAAUAGUCUAUACCUUGUCUUCCCGAUUGAUGAGCAGUCUUCCAAGUUACCAUAUGAGGCUUCUUAGAGGACUUAAACUCACAGCCAAACACAGCAGGAUCUAGGAAGGAGUUGAUGUGUUGGUGCUUGGAGCUAUGUGUGGUGGAUGUACAAGCAUAUAGAACAAGCUUCAUAUCAAUGUUAUAACCAUUCAGGGCUUUCACCUCUUCCUCCAGAACUAGUUGCUCUCAACUAUGGUUGUGAUGCAAAUCAUGAUAUCUCUCUUGCUAUAGUUACUAGACCCAGUUUUAAGGAAUUGAAGAGGGAAAGGAGGGACAUUGGCCAUGGCAAUUGAGCUUAACCAGCAAUAGGAGGUAUAUCAGGGAGAUUGAACUUGUGAAACAUGCAGACUUUUACAAGUUUCACUCAUCUGUUUCUUUUGGGAUAUACAACACAGGAAGUGAAACAGGAAAGAAGAGGAUUUAGCAAGAGAUUGGCCACCAUUUGCCCCAGUUGUUCAUAAUGAUAUUGCCAAUGAUAUGCUCAUUUAUUGACAAAAGUUGAUGUUUAUUACCCUUCCAUCAUUCUUAGGAUUGGUUCUGUGCUUUUUCUGGAAUGACAUAACUGCUACUGCAGCAUGCAUCGAAGGGGAAAAAUGGAAGCAUCAUACUGGGGAAUUGGAUCUCGUCUUCCCAUCAUGGUGACAGUUCGCAACAUCUUAUAAGAACUAAAGAUCAAACAUUACUGUUUUGAACAAAUACACAAUUGUCAAAAUAUCAAAAACAUGUUCAUAUCUAUUUAUGCCUUAUGGUGAACAAAAGGGAAAAAUUCUUGAGAGGAAACAGAGAUUUGACCCUAAAGAUUUUGCUGAUUGCGUUUUCACUGGUUCUUACUAGGAUUACCUAAUACAUGGAAUGAGAUUAU